GGUCACUUCCAUUUCAGAGAUCACACCUCUCUCUCUCUCUCUCCUUAUAAACCCCUCGCUACUUCCAAAACACAUCCCCUCAUUCUCUCUGUAGUUUCUCUCUCAUUCACACUUUACAUUCUCAGUUUCUUUCCUUCAUACCCACAAACAUAGUAAGCUCAGAAGACAGGAGGUAGUGGCCGCCGCUAACGGAAGGGGAAAGACAUGCCAUCGGACAACAGCGAGCAGCGAGUAGCUAAAGCUCCACCGCCACCGGAUCAUGAAAACCUCCGCUGCCCACGCUGCGACUCUACCAACACCAAGUUCUGCUACUACAACAACUACAACCUCUCCCAGCCCCGUCAUUUCUGCAAAUCCUGCCGCCGCUACUGGACUCAGGGCGGAACCCUCCGCAACAUCCCUGUCGGUGGCGGCACCCGCAAGAACCCCAAACGCUCCCGUACCUCUUCCGCCUCCUCCUCUUCUUCAUCCACUUCCUCUUCUACCUCUCAAGACCCCAACUCCGCUACCCCCAUCUCUGUCUCUGCUGAACAACCUGACAUGUCCUUCCCCAUAUGCGGGGACCUAAAUCUUGAACCAAACAUCUCUGGGACUGCCCCUGGAGCUUUCACUUCGUUACUUAACUCUCAGAACACGGGCUUUCUGGCGCUGGGUGGGUUCGGCCUAGGCCUCAACUCCGGGUUCGAUGACCUCGGGUUUGGGCUUGGCCGAGGGGGUUGGCCCUUCACCGAUGUCGGCGAAGUUGGAAGCAUCGGCGGUGGAAACACAUGGCAGCUUGGGAGCUCUGAACCAGUCUUCGCCGACGGUGAUUGCUUUUCUUGGCCGGAACUUGCAAUUUCCACGCCUGGACAUGGUCUGAAGUGAUCCCACUUUCCUAUAUGUGUUCUUUAGAUUGAGUUGGUUGGGGCUUUUCGAUUUCGGGCGGAGAAGAGUGUUCGAUGAAUAUGUCUCAGGUGAAGCUUUUCCUUUUUUUUUUUUUUUUUUUUGGUCUCUCUGGUUUGUGAGGGCAUAGACAGAAACAGACUACAAUAUUGCAAACUAGAAAUCAGGAUUGAGUGUACGUAUUAGAAUUUCUUUUCUCCUCUUUGUUUUUGGCCCUUUCUUGGUCUUAGGAUUGUAGGUUAGAAGAAUAUUAUAUCAUUAGUUUUAAUGGUUUUUGUCAUUUUACCGAGGGAUUCUGUAAAUGUUUGGGUCUUAAUUGAUUCAAUGGCAGCAAAACCCAUAUCUUUUCGUUUC